AUGGGUCGUUGUUAUGGCGGUUAUCCCAACAACUUCACCUCACCUCCGCGUGGCCCGUCUCAGCCUCAUGAGCACACCGCCUUACUGUUUGAUAACUCUGGUCGUCUGAGAUGCUAUGCCGAUUCCAAGAGCCAGCGUAAAAACCCUAACCACGUGACCCAACCAUCGCCGACCUCCCUCUGCAGCUCAUUCAGCAUGAUGGCUGCUGAUGCUGCAGCAGCUUCAUCCUCAACACACCGCACCGCACUUAAUUCCUGCAGCCUGCUGUUGUUUAACUUCUCUAUCCUUCUCAUCAUCAUAUUCUUUCUCCCAGCUCCGGCGAAGGGAUUGCUUGGUGUACGCCCAGAGAACACUAAAGCCGGUGAACUGUCUGUGCAAGACGGGCUGCUCCAGGCGACCGAGGGGACGCGGUUCAUGCUGCGGGUUUACUACGCAGCAUCCCCGGUUACACAGAGAGCCCAGAACCGCUCUGGGAGCGGGAGACCAGAGGGUGCAGCUGCCGCACCAUGGAUCGCCUUCAUAGAGGAGCCAGGAGGAGAGCGAGAGAGAGGAGAGGGGAAGAACAUGGUCCAUUCCAAACGGAACCCGUGCGUGGACGAGCAUGCGCGGAGUUCUGACAUCGAACUCCUGGGUUCCUUCAGGUCUGCAUCCAGCCACAACUCCGUUCUAGUGGAGCUGCUCGCCAAAGACCUGCGCAAAGAUGAGCGGAUAAAAUACUACUCCAUUUGCGCGUUUGAUGGGGUGAAGUGGGAACAUUUCACCACCAGAGACUUCUGGCUAGCCGUGGUGGAGCGACCCCCGCAAGCGGACGUGUGGCUCCAGUUAGGGGUGUCGGUGAUGCUACUGGGGCUCUCUGCGCUCUGCAGUGGGCUGAACAUCAGCAUGCUCGCCCUGGAUCCCAUUGAGCUCCGGGUCCUCCAAAACAGCGGCACCGAGAAGGAACAAAAAUAUGCGCACAAGAUCGAAUCUGUGCGUAAACAUGGCAACUACAUCCUGUGUACUGUGGUGCUGGGCAAUGUGCUGACCAACACCUGUUUUGUAGUGUGGAUGUGCCAGAUUAUAGGGAUGACUCCCACCUCCCUUGCUACCUGCACUUUCGGUAUAUUCUUUAUAGGAGAGAUCCUGCCUCACUCUGUGGCGUCCAGACACAGCCUCGCCAUCGCCUCCAAAACCAUCUGGGCCACCCGGCUUCUAAUGCUGGUCUCCUUCCCCAUCUCAUACCCCGUCUCCAAACUCCUAGACAUCAUGCUCCACCAGGAGAUCAGUAACUUCUACACCAGAGAGAAACUGGUUGCCAUGCUGCGCGUCACAGACCCCUACCACGAUCUGGUCAAAGAGGAACUCAACAUCAUCCAGGGCGCUCUGGAGUUGCGCACCAAGAACGUAGAAGUUGUUCACACUCCGCUGGCGGACUGUUACAUGCUCUCCUCGGAUGCUGUUCUAGACUUCUGUACGAUGUCUGACGUCAUGCAGAGCGGGUUCACCCGGAUCCCGGUCUUUGAGAACGACAGGUCCAACAUCGUUGAUAUCCUGUUCGUCAAAGACCUGGCAUUCGUGGACCCGGAUGACUGCACCCCGCUGAAGACCAUCACCCAGUUCUACAAACACCCCAUGCACUGUGUGUUCAGCGAUACCAAACUGGAUGUGAUGCUGGAGGAGUUCAAGAGAGGUAAAUCCCAUCUGGCUAUAGUCCACAGGGUGAAUAGUGAAGGGGAGGGAGAUCCAUUCUACGAGGUCCUGGGAAUCGUUACUUUGGAGGAUGUUAUCGAAGAAAUCAUCAAGUCUGAGAUUGUGGACGAGACAGACCUCUUCAUUGAUAAGAGGACUAAGAGGCGCGUGUCUCACCAUGAGAGGAAGCAACACGACUUCUCCAUCUUUAACCUGACAGAGAACGAAAUGAAGGUGAAGAUGUCUCCUCAACUGCUGCUUGCUACACACCGCUUCCUGGCCACAGAAGUGGAGCCCUUCAGGCCAUGUCAUCUCUCAGAGAAGAUUCUCCUUCGUCUGAUCAAACACCCCAGUGUCGUUCAGGAACUAAAGUUUGACAGAAAGAACAAACAAGCACCACAGCACUUCCUGUAUAUGAGGAACAAACCUGUUGACUACUUUGUCCUGGUUCUACAGGGUAAAGUGGAGGUGGAGAUUGGCAAGGAGGCUCUUCGUUUUGAGAACGGAGCUUUCUCCUACUAUGGCAUGCCAGCCCUCAUACCACCACUACCUAUAGUCAACAGGUUUGGUUCUGGUAGCAGUGGGUUGAACCAGUCAGAGUCUGUCUUAUCAGGAGGCAGUUUGGGUCAGCUGAGUAUAGGAGGGGGAGGAGUCUACCUACCUGACUUCUCUGUCAGACAACUCACUGACCUACAGAUUAUAAAGAUCUCAAGGAACCACUACCAGAAUGCUCUAACAGCCAGUCUUAUGGACAGUGUACCCCAGACCCCUGAUCCUGACGGGAGACCCACCAUCCCUGAGACCCGCUCCCACAGCAUCGCCCUGCCCCUGACACACACAUACACAUACCUCCGACCCGUCCUGGAACAACACACACACACAGAGGACAACACUGGACCACUCACCUCACAGCUCAAUGAGAGAAACCGCAUCGUCCGCAGUAAGUCAGACGGACAGAGGAGUCCCAGUGAUUCAGUGUUUCUACGGAUGGAUGACAUACCCUACAUCCAAGAGGACCUACAAAAACACCGUCAGGAAGGCCACCCAGAGGAGCCACUAGAGGAGAGACCGGAAGACCUCCCGGAAGAUAGAAAGGAAGACCACCCAGAAGACCGUCUGGAAGAUAGGCCCGAAGGCCGUAUGAAGGACAGGCUGGAAGACUGUCCGGAAAACCGGUUAAUUGAAUGCCCAGAAGACCAGCUGGUAGAAAUUCCGGAAGACCAGCUGGAAAGCCAAGAAGGGAUCGAUGCUGUUCCUGUGGAGGUAGAUAUCAUCUGUUCUCUAUCUGGCUCAGAGGAGACACUGGGGAAGAAGCUGCUACGUAAACUGAGUAACAAGAAGAGGAAAAAGUCCCGGGAUGGGGAGAAGAGUGUGGAGGAAGGUUUGGAGCAGCCAUCGGUGACCACCUAGCACAACGCCAGUGGCGUCUGAAGAGGAAGAAGAAGAAUAAACUAAAUGAAGAGAAAAAUAAGAGGGAAAUAGCAAGUCCAGAUCUGAGCCAUCUUCUAAAUCUUUUUUAUUGCUCAACCAAGAAGACAACCAUUUCUGUCUUCUACCAUCAGACGAUCGUUUCUUAUUACCAAGUGCUUUCUGCACAGGGAACUGUCCUUAUCAUAGAAUAGAGUACUUCUAUCAGUCAAUCAACUGUGGUUGAUAGGAGUCCUGCCAUAGAAAUGCCAUCCACACUGCCAGUGUUCUGAUGACACAUAAGGAAGAAACAGCCAACACACACCAGCCAUGAGAACAAGCACAAUGUCUACAACCACAGAGACUUUAUGCUGAUUUAAAGGAGUCUGUCAUUUCUUUGUCCCAUGUGGCAACCGGAGGAUUUUAUUUAUGCACAAACAGUCUUGUCUCAAGCAAAAACACCACACACACACACAUACGUGUACGCGCACGCACACACACACGCACACACACACACACACACACAUACACACACAUUUUGUUCCAUUGAAGUCAAUUGACUCCCAGUCAAUACUUUUUACCAGAUUUUAAAAAGCCAUAUAAUAACUAACAUAUCUGACAGCAUAAAGAAGGGAGAUGCAAUAUUCACAAUCCCAAAAAUGUAGGUUGCGUGUUACCUAGAUUUGAACAGGUAUUUUAUUAUGAUCAGAUAAUAUGAUGAUUUGACAUAUUUAUGAUGAUUGGAUGAUAUUUGAUCAUUUGAUUUAUAAUAUGGUGAUUAAUUGGUAACCUGUAAUGAAUAGGUUGUUUUAACAGCAAUUGUUCAGCCAUUUCCUGUUUGCUAGCGUUCUAAUAGUUUGCCUAAUUUCAGUUUGUGACAAAACAAUCAGGUGAAGUGUAGAGAAUCAUUGGACCAUCUAAACCGCUUUGAGAUAUUGUUUCCAAAACCAAAUAUAUUUUAUGUUCAGCUGUUUGAAGCUGGUGGACAAAACCCAAAGUAAAAGAUGCACAAACAAAAUGAUGUAUAAUAAUAUGGUGAUUAAUUGGUCAUCUGUAAUGAAUAGGUUGUUUUAACAGCAUGUACCUAGAACAACUCCUGCCUGCCAUAUAAUUUCCUUUAUCAUCAUAAUAUAGAUACACACACACACACACACUAAAUGUGCCAUCUCCAUAUCACCAUGACAUAAAGCAGUCACCAUAAGUGUGACAUUGCAGUAGGUAACAGUUGUAACACCCUAUCUGUGUAUACCCCCAUGAUGAAGUGAAGUGUUACUCUCACAUGCAUGCUAUUACUACAGAUGCAAACACAACAGGUUAACUAUUCUCUUUGAAGAGACCCCCCCAGGGACACGCAAGGGCAUAGGAACACAGGGGGCUGGGGGCUAAGCUUCUGGGAUGAGAGGCUGCAGAUACAGGAGCCUGGAGGCUAGGGAUGUUUGGUUUAUACAGUGACACAGGAGAUGGGUGUAUGGAGGGCACUGCUUACUGCUUUCCCAGUAGAAUAUAUUCCUAUUUAAGGACAACGCCUUGGGCUAGGUACUCAGCUUGAUGCAGACAGGAGCAUGACGCAAACCUGUGAUUAUGAAAGACCAGGCUGACGUGGAGAUGUAGUUUGAUGGGAGGUUGUAGUGUAUAGAAAACUGAUAAGCAAUACAUAAGCAUGAGAAGAAAAUACCUGAGUGUAAUAUUAGGUGACAGCUGCACAGAGUAUCAGGACAGUGUAACAUGCUCAAGGACAGACACCCCUGUAAAGUCAGCCAUGCACCGAUUAAAAGAUAUAUACUGUUUUAUAGGAAUGUAUACCAAUGUACACAGGGGUUCAUAUUUAGACUUAGAGAUGUACAGAGAGAGAUUACAUUUUGUAGUGCCCUUUAUUAUAUAGCUGGUCAGACAAUGGGCUCUGUCCUAUUCAUCUGUAGCAAUAAUAAUUCCCUAGAACCUGCCUGAGACCAUCACUAUUCCCUACUGCUAUUAGACUGGACUUCGAUUGAGUUGCUCUGUAUUGCACAAUACUGACAGAUAACUGAUUUACUGAGAGCAUAGAGAGGGUGAGUGGGAGGGAAGAUGAAAGGUAGUGAAAGAGAGCAGGAGAGAGGAAAGGAGAGGGACAGAAGGGAAAGUGGGAGGAGACGUGACGCAGUCUGACGUCAAGCCACUGCCUUCCUUGACGCACGCAAAAACACGCAUUCAUGUACUGAACUGCUUUACAGAAGAAUAACUAAGAAACCAAGCACUCUCUCAGCCUCAUGCUCUCAGAGAACACAUUUGGUGAGGGUGACAGAGAUACAGUAGAUAGUGGUAGCUUUUAAAUAGAUUAUAAGGGACAGGAGGAUAUGUAAGGGGACAUUUUAUUAAUUUUCUUCCCGGAAUGUGCGAAUUUAGUAAUGUUUUAACAGUUUAAAACAUGAUCUUCAGAAUAUUAGGGUUUUCAGGAUAUCAGACCUCCCAAUGUAUUAAAAACGAUGAAAUCCUCAAUAAAAAGAUUCUAACAGAUUCAUAUCUGA